AUGGAUACCAAUUGUUCAACAUAUUCACAAAAGAUUGGGGUAAAUUGUUCAACAUAUUCACUUGGGGUAAGUUGUUCAAAAUAUUCACCAAAGAUUGGGGUAAAUUGUUCAAAAUAUUCACCAAAGAUUGGGGUAAAUUGUUCAUCAUAUUCACCAAAGAUGGAUACAAAUUGUUCAACAUAUUCACAAAAGAUUGGGGUAAAUUGUUCAACAUAUUCACUAAAGAUUGGGGUAAGUUGUUCAAAAUAUUCACCAAAGAUUGGGGUAAAUUGUUCAAAAUAUUCACCAAGGAUUGGGGUAAAUUGUUCAUCAUAUUCACCAAAGAUUGGGGUAAAUUUAUCAUCAUAUUUACCUAACAUUGGAGCAAGUUGUUGA